AGCAGAGGGACAAACAGGACCUUGAGGAGUAACGAGAUCAGUUCUCUGCCCUUCCCUUUUGCUUUCCGCCUGCACUGGUCCUCGGUGCCCAUAACGAUGGGUGCUUCCCCACGGCCAUCAUCCCCUUAGUCCCGCGGUGGCGGCCUUAGGAUGCACCUGUCUGCAGUGCUCAAUGCCCUGCUGGUGUCGGUGCUGGCAGCCGUGCUGUGGAAGCACGUGCGGCUGCGUGAGCAUGCGGCCAGCCUGGAGGAGGAGCUGGCCCUCGGCCAGCAGGCCCUGGAGCCUGGCACAGCCCUGCGCAUCGACUACCCCAAGGCCCUGCAGAUCCUGACGGAGGGCGGCACCCACAUGGUGUGCACGGGCCGAACGCACACGGACCGCGUCUGUCGCUUCAAGUGGCUCUGCUACUCCAGUGAGGCUGAGGAGUUCGUCUUCUUCCAUGGCAACUCCUCCAUCAUGCUGCCCAACCUGGGCGCCCGGCGCUUCCAGCCGGCGCUGCUCGACCUGUCCACCGUGGAGGACCACAACACGCAGUACUUCAACUUCGUGGAGCUGCCCGCCGCUGCCCUGCGCUUCAUGCCCAAGCCCGUGUUCGUCCCCGACGUGGCCCUCAUCGCCAACCGCUUCAACCCCGACAACCUCAUGCACGUCUUCCACGAUGACCUGCUGCCCAUCUUCUACACGCUGCAUCAGUUUCCGGGGCUGGCCCGCGAGGCCCGGCUUUUCUUCAUGGAGGGCUGGGGCGAGGGCGCGCACUUUGAUCUCUACAGGCUGCUCAGCCCCAAGCCACCGCUGCUGCGGGCCCAGCUCAAGGCCCUGGGCCGCCUGCUCUGCUUCUCCCACGCCUUUGUGGGUCUCUCCAAGGUCACCACCUGGUACCAGUAUGGCUUCGUACAGCCACAGGGCCCCAAGGCCAACAUCCUCGUGUCCGGCCACGAGAUCCGGCAGUUCGCGCGCUUCAUGACCGAGAAGCUGAAUGUGAGCCACGCCGGGGCCACGCCUGCUGAGGAGUACAUCCUGGUCUUCAGCCGCACCCACAACAGACUCAUCCUGAACGAGGCGGAGCUGCUGCUGUCGCUGGCCCAGGAGUUCCAGAUGAAGACAGUGACCGUGUCCCUGGAGGAGCAUGCCUUUGCGGACGUCGUGCGGCUGGUCAGCAACGCCUCCAUGCUGGUCAGCAUGCACGGGGCGCAGCUGGUCACCGCGCUCUUCCUGCCCCGGGGCGCGGCCGUGGUGGAGCUCUUCCCCUACGCCAUCAACCCCGACCACUACGCACCCUACAAGACCCUGGCCACACUGCCCGGCAUGGACCUGCAGUAUGUGGCCUGGCGGAACCUCAGGCCGGAGAACACGGUCACACACCCGGAGCGGCCCUGGGACCAGGGCGGCAUCGCGCACCUGGACCGAGCCGAGCAGGCCCGCAUCCGACAGAGCCGCGAGGUCCCACGGCAUCUCUGCUGCCGGAACCCCGAGUGGCUCUUCCGCAUCUACCAGGACACCAGGGUGGACAUCCCAUCGCUCCUCCAGGCCAUCCGGCGUGUGGUGAAGGGCCGGCCGGGGCCAGGGAAACAGAAGUGGUCGGUCAGCCUGUUCCCCGGCAAAGUGCGGGAGGCGCGGUGCCAGGCGGUGGUGCAGGGCGCCUCCGAGGCCCGGCUCACCGUGUCGUGGCAGAUGCCCUGGAACCUCCGGUUCCUGAAGGUGCGGGAGGUGCGCUACGAGGUAUGGCUGCAGGAGCAGGGCGAGAACACCUAUGUGCCCUACAUCCUGGCGCUGCAGAACCACACCUUCACCGAGAACAUCAAGCCCUUCACCACCUACCUGGUGUGGGUCCGCUGCAUCUUCAACAAGACGCUGCCGGGGCCCUUCGCAGAUGUGCUGGUGUGCACCACAUAGCAGGCGAGCGGCGCCGGCUGGGGCUCCAGGCCUGGGGCCUAGGCUGUGGUCCUGCGGGGUGACUUCCAACUGCGCUGUCCCUGCUACAUCCGGGCUCCACACCCCUUCUCUGUCCUGCUUGUCCACACGGAGCGUUCCUUCGCGGGGGAGGGGGGAGGAGGAAGGAAGCGAGAAUCCAGGUCCCGCUCUGGCUCAGUGACCUCGCUCUUUCCUAACGGCUCCCUGGGCUUGGGGCUCAGGCCCCUUGGAGCUGCGAGGCCUUGGUCCAUGGUGGCCCAGUGGCGAUGUGUCUGGAGCAGUCAUUAAAUGAUUGUGAAUGCCUCUGUCGAGAGUUCUCAUUGGACAGAAGGGGAGCUGUCAGAUGUACACUCUGACACCUGUCCGACUGUCUCCCAACGAGGUCAUGGAGUGGGCAGGCUGGGCGGACGCCACCCCCAGCCCUGUGGGGUAGAAGCUGGCUAUGGGGAAGAAGAGGCACCCACCAGCCUCCCCUCGGGCUCAGACCGGGCAUACUGUGCCUGCCAGCAGGGUCCCCAGAGUGACCUCUGCUCCUGGGCUGCUCCAUGGGAGAGACGAGGUCACUUCAGUAGCAGCACGACAGCCUUGGCUCAGGGCACCUAGGACCCAGUCCCUUCCGAGCCCACAGGCGUAGCUCCAGGCCCUGUAGUAGGCUGCCCAGUGCCCAGCUGCUGAGCUGAGGGGGCCACAGCGGUGGCUUCUCACAGCCCAGCUGCCACUCACUGUCUUCCCUCAGCAGCUGACCAUCCCUGCUCCUGAUGUCCAGGAAGUCUGGCUCCUGCGGAAACAAAGCCACUGUUCAGAUCACCCUGGGAGGAGGAGACUGUGCAGGCAGAAGGGCAGUGGUAUACUGACGGAGGGGCUCAGUGCGGAGAAGUCAUCUCCAGCUGAUUGGAAUUCCUGGGCCGGCGUUGUCUUCCAUGGCGGUCCUGCUGCGCCAGUCAGUGGCCCACGGCUGUUGUGGAACAGUGGCCUCGGUCUGGUGCCCAGGUGGACUCUGCUGUCCCCAGACUGUCCAUUAUCCACACGCUUGUCUUCACACGUGCCUUGUGCCUUCCCCUGACAGCCUCCAUCUGCCACCGCCACAGCUGCCACGUGAGUCCACACAGAGACCUAGCUGGGAGCCAGAAGUCUGGACACUAAUGGGGGAGGCUACCACGUACUAAUACUUCUGUAAAUUUGAUAUAAUCGCAGUCAAACCACCAAAGGGCUUUGGAGGGCAGUGGGAGAGGAGCAGCUUGAUUCCUGUCAUAUUUAAGAUAUGCACAGAGGUAGCAAAAAAGGAUGAAAAGAUGGGAGCUGGCCCUACCAUAUAGCAAAAAAAUAAUAACUCAUUUAAACUGUGUAAUAUUGAUGCAGAAAUUAAAAACUUCCUAUCAGUGGGACAGAACAGUGCCCAGAUGGCCCUCUGUGAAACGAGGUAGGACGUGACACGCAGAGACCGGUACAGAAGGAGCAGCUGGUGUUCGAACAACUGUGGCUCAUUUGGAGGAAGAUGGAACAAGUUAGAUCCCUGACUCAGACCGCCCUCAAAUCUAAGUUUCCUGUGGUUUUAGGUGACUACAAAAGUAAUACUGUGUAGAGCACUUUGACAAGCUUGAAGUAGUGACAGCCUUUCUAAGCAGGUGUGGAGCCCGGAAGACUCGGAGUCUGCAUGGAAAUGAAAGUGUUCUGCCUGGCGAAAAGGCUCCAGAGUCGAGACACAUGUGACCGACAGCAGGCGAGCGCAUCCGCCAGGUCUGCCUCGGCCGGGGCUCAUCAGUUAGCUUCAGAGGUCUCCGGCAAGUCGGCAGCACCUGGAGCCCAUAGAUAACGUCACCUGUGAGAAAGGAAGUGCUGUCUGUAGAACAGUUUUUGCUCUCUUUUUUUUUUUUCCUUUGGUACCAGGGAUCAAACUCAGGUCCUUGCGCUUGCAAGGCAGGUGGUGGAACCACUGAGCUAAAUCCCUGGCCCUUGCUCUCAUAUUUAAAGGACCACUCCAAGAAGAUUGGGUGUGGGUGAGGGCACAGGGAAGCAAUC